CUUCUCCCACAGAAAUAGAACCAGAACCAAAAGCGUGGAAAUUAACUUUGGUAUUGUUCUGUUUUUAUCUCGUUCUUUUCUAAUUUUUUAAUUCCCCAAAGGCCUCGAUUUUCACUCACACUCGCGACGAUCAGAUUGAGUUUUAAUCCGUUUCCUGUUCUUGAGUCCUCAAUUAGCCGAAUUGAGUUGAAUUGCGUCGACGUUUCACUUAUCCGAAUUGUUGAUUUUAAGAAAAAAAGGAUGAAGAAAUUGGUAACUGUGUAAGGAUUUAUUUUAUUUUGCUGCUGUGGGAAUGGCAGCUAUGAUAGCAGAUGGUUACAAUGAUGAAAAAAAGCAGCAGAGGAUUCGUAGAGCCUCAAGCCUAUCCUGGAUUGCUUCAAAGAGGAGAGUUUCAAAAGGUAUGUGCAAUGAAAGUAUGAAGAAACCGGAAAAAGAGAAAGAAAAGGACAAUUUAGAGUCAACCGCUCUAAGAUUCAAUGUUUCAUCGAAGAAAAGAAAGGUGAGCGGACUACAUGGAUUCUCUGGGGGUAGUAGAAUUCCAAAGAAGCCCCGUAGUGUCCUAAAUAAGAAAGUUGGUUAUGAAGACGAAGUGUUAAACAGGAAAAGCUGUUUCGAAAAGGAAGUUCUGGAGGACGAACUGGAUUUUGAUGAUGAAACAAUGGCUUUAUUGAGGAUCAAAGAAUAUCGGAGGUUUAGAAGUUCAGAUGAUCCAACAAUCAAAAGAAGUCCAAGAAAUGAAAGAAGGAAGAGUGAUUUAGUGAAGAAUUCUUCAUGCUCUUCGUCGUCAUCAUCUGCAUGUUCCUCCAUUUCAGUUUCGAGAAGUGAUGGUUAUGGAAAUGAUAGAUGUACAAUGAGUAAUGUGAAGGAGGCUAAACUUUUAGAGCGCUUCAAAUGUCAUCAGUGUAUGAAAACUGAACGUAGAAUUGUUGUCCCUUGCACCAAAUGUAGACGUAGAGCAUACUGUAUCCAAUGCAUCAAACAAUGGUAUCCUCAGAUGUCAGAAGAAGAAAUAGCAGAGUUAUGCCCAUUUUGCCGUAGAAAUUGCAACUGCAGUGUAUGCUUGCACAAAUGUGGGUUGAUUAAGACAUCAAAGAGGAACAUAACUGAUCGUGAAAAGGUUCAGCAUCUCCAUUACUUGAUUAAGUUACUGCUUCCUUUUUUAAGACAAAUUUGUGAGGAACAAACUCGGGAGACAGAAUUUGAGGCAAUCAUUCAAGGGGUGCAUUCUUCAGAGGUUGACAUAUCAGAGACACUUUGUUGCAAUGAUGAACGUGUUUAUUGUAACCAUUGUGCAACUUCCAUUGUUGAUCUUCAUCGAAGCUGCCCAAAUUGUUCUUAUGAACUCUGCCUUAACUGUUGCCAAGAAAUUCGUGAGGGAAGCCUUUCAGGCCGUGGUGAAAUGAAGUUUCAGUAUAUCAACAGAGGCUACAGUUACAUGCACGGCGGCAAUCCUUUGCCCGAAACUUGCUGUUCUGGAACUUCUCAUGAUCAUUUUGAUUCACCAAUUUGGUGGACUGCAAAUAAUGAUGGAAGUAUUUCGUGUCCUCCAAAUGAAAUGGGUGGUUGUGGUGAUUGCGUGUUGGAGCUUAAACGAAUUCUUCCAGAUGGAUGGAUUUCAGAUUUGGAAAAGGAGGCUUCAGAUUUAUUUGAAAUUUUUCAAACCAACUUGACGAAUUUGAAUUGCAGCUUUUCUGAAACGGGCUCAGAGAUGUUAUGUAGAGCAGCUUCUAGAGUAGGAUCUGAUGACAACUUCUUGUAUUAUCCACCUUCAACAGACAUUCAAGAGGAAGAAGAACUUUUGCGCUUUCAAAGACAUUGGGUUAAAGGUGAACCAGUUAUAGUUCAGAAUGUUCUUGAAAAGGUGACUGGUCUGAGCUGGGAGCCAAUGGUCAUGUGGCGUGUGUUAUGUGAAAAUGUGGACUCAGCAAUCGGUUCUAAGAUGUCAGAAGUGAAAGCUAUUGAUUGCUUGGCUGGUUGUGAGGUGGAAAUUAAUACUCGCCAGUUUUUCAAAGGUUAUAUAGAAGGGAGAAGAUAUGAUAACUUCUGGCCUGAGAUGCUCAAAUUAAAGGACUGGCCUCCUUCUGACAAGUUUGAAGAUCUUUUGCCACGCCACUGUGAUGAAUUCAUAAGCGCAUUGCCAUUUCAAGAAUACAGUGAUCCUAGGUCUGGUUUCCUCAACCUUGCAGUUAAGUUUCCAGAUGGUGUCUUAAAACCAGAUUUGGGUCCAAAAACAUAUAUUGCUUAUGGGGUUGCUGAAGAGCUUGGAAGAGGAGACUCUGUGACAAAGCUUCAUUGUGAUAUGUCAGAUGCGGUGAAUAUACUGACACAUACAGCAGAAGUAGUGUUAACCGAAGAGCAACGUUCUGCAGUGGAAAUAUUGAAAGAGAAACACAGGGCACAAGAUCUAAAGGAAGGUCUUGCGCAAGAGACACUGGAUGAACCUAUUGAAAAACUCAGUGGCGAUCAACCCACUCAAGAAAUUGGUGAAGGCACCAGUGGUAAUAAUAAUAAUAAUAAUACAGAAGGGAUUACAGAGGAAUCAGGCGGUGCUUUGUGGGACAUUUUCAGAAGGGAGGACGUUCCCAAGUUAGAGGCAUAUCUUAGAAAGCACGUCAAAGAAUUCAGGCACACAUAUUGCUCCCCAGUAGAACAGGUCGUUCAUCCGAUCCAUGAUCAGUGUUUUUAUUUAACUUCAGAGCACAAAAGGAAGUUGAAACAAGAAUAUGGAAUUGAGCCAUGGACCUUUGAACAAAAACUUGGAGAGGCUGUAUUCAUUCCUGCUGGAUGCCCACACCAAGUCAGAAAUCUCAAGUCAUGUACAAAAGUAGCUGUGGACUUUGUCUCUCCUGAAAACAUUCAUGAGUGCCUGCGUUUAACUCAGGAGUUCAGACUUCUGCCGAAGAACCAUAGAGCCCGAGAAGACAAACUUGAGAUAAAGAAGAUGAUACUCUAUGCAGUUGAGCAAGUAAUUAAAGAUGCAAGGAAUUUGUUAACAUAACAAAGUUGAGUCUUUUGAGUAGCAACCAAGAGCAAUAACAAAAUCUUGUACAUUCUUUUUUGAAAGAGUAGUUAGCCCGCAAGGUUGGAUUUUGAUAUCCAAAUUUAAUGACAAAGUUUAUAAUGUUAAGCUUUUGGUUCA